AUGGUGUCGAGUCACGAUACAGAAGUGGAUGGAAUCACUGCAUUCUCGACAUCGCCUGCGACGUCUUAUCGCUACAUCCUCCGACUCAAAGACGACAAAUUGAGUAUUUGGAUGGAAGAUCGAACCAGCAAAAAGCAAUGGAGCAAGAGCGGGGUGACCAAAGAAGACUACGUGACAUCGGCCAAUGCAAUUUCAGAUGCAUCGGCGAUCGAUUACUUGAAGCUGUUCCAAGACGCACUAGAUGGUGAACCGGAUGAAUCGAGCGAUGCCCAGUGCACGUUGGAAAUGCUGAGUGGGGAUGCUUGUCAACUGGUGGUUAGCGUCAAGUUUCGCAUCCUACGCUCAGUGAGAGUGGUGAAGUAUACGUUUGUCCUGGAGCCUGUCUCUGUUGAGCGAAUCGAUGUGUUGGAAUCCAAAAUGCGCGACCAGCAGGAGGAAUUGAAGCGACUGCAGAAACAAUCUAUUACGCAUGUACACCUCGAAGCUUCAACAAAAAACGGCACAACUAGUAAGCUGCAGUGGAGCGAUCCCGAUUCGGACGACUUUUUUGUGGACCAAGAAACUGGCGAGAUCUCGAUUCGUCAACCUGGAGCUUACAGCAUUACAGUUGUUGUGAAGACUGGCUCAAAUCAAGGCAUCUCUAUUCGGAAGAACGAAGAGUGCAUCUAUUCGGGCUCGAAUUCUGGCUACCAUAAUUCCUUGACUGCUAGCACCAUUGCCCGGUUUAAUGCGAACGACAGACUGGCUGUUACAGUCAACACUUUCACUGGCACUUCUCACCUUUUAAUCCAGCAAAUUGGGCGCAAAACUACGCUUAGUUAA